AUGUAUAAUAAAAAUUAAAUUAUUCUGAUCGAUCAGAACAUUUCUAAUUACUUUAAUCAUCAGAAAUUUAAUCAAAAGUAAAAAAAAAAAAAACAUAUAUUAAAUAAAGUGAAAAAUUCAAAAAUUUCAUUUAAUAACAAUAUAAAGCCUAAAUCUACAUAUAUUUAUAAUCCUGGUAUUGAAAUUCCACUAGCUGGGUACAACAUUCGUAUUUUCAUUGAAUUUUUCCAAGGGGGUGGUAUAGGAUUCGAACCCCCUUUAAUAUUGCUAAUGCUAAGACCCUCCGACUCGCCCACUCGAGCCGCUUUGCCUUUCUUAAAUUAGUUUAAACGAUGA